GUUGGAAAAAAGCGAACUCGGUUUUUCAGCAGUUCUGUUGCAAAAAAUCGUUUCAGUGGAGAUUUUCUUAAAAUUAAAGCGUUUUAUAAGUUUAAAUCCGCCUUCCAAUGCCUCCGGUACGAAAGGCAACAACCACGGAUGAGGAGGACGAUGAGUAUCGAAAGAAGCGGGACCGAAAUAAUCAGGCGGUCAAAAGAAGUCGAGUCAAGUCGAAGCAAAAGACGGAAGAGACGGUGAAGCGCGUCGACGAGCUGCGGGUCAAGAACCAAAUAUUGGAAGACAAAAUCGAAACCCAAACCAAGGAACUGAAGUUCCUGAAGGAACUGUUCCUGACCCAGGCCCAGGCCAAAUCGGACAAACUGGUCGGGGUAAAUCUGGCGGAGCUGCUGAAAAGCUCCGACGAGGAAGGUGAUGAUGGCGAGGAUUCGAUCAGACCGGGGACCAGUGGCCGGAAGAAGAAAGCUGGCGGUGAUGAUUCUGGAGGAAGGCGGAAAGCAGCUGGAUCAUCUUCCAGCAGUCGGUCCCGGAGUUGAGGUAAGUUUUGUUCUGAUUGUUGUGCUCUAUAUGUGUAAUAUUUUUCUAAUCGAUAAGAAUUCAAUGUUAAGCUCACAUUUAAACAUCCACAGUAGGAUUAAGGAAUGACUUGAAAAGUUAAAUCUGAUUA